AUGUAUGCAUUGUGCAAAGAACCCUCGGAUUCUAUUUCUUUCUCUGCUGAAGCUGAAGGAUGGGACCCUGACAUUGCUGCAAAGUCUUCACCAAAAGAAGUGGCGGUGCUUUUACUUGUAGCAUUAAGCGCUGCUCUGGAAAGCAAUGGAGAAGAAAACGGUGGCCCAUGUAAACAGAAAGCAUUGGAUGCUAGGCCUCACAGUGUGUCGAUCUUGGAGUUUGGAGCUGUUGGAGAUGGGAUAACGCUGAACACAGUUGCGUUUCAAAAUGCAAUAUUUUAUCUCAAGUCAUUUGCGGACAAAGGUGGUGCUCAGCUAUAUGUUCCAUCUGGUAGAUGGCUUACUGCAAGUUUUAACCUCACCAGCCACCUCACUCUGUUCCUUGAGAGAGGCGCAACCAUCAUUGCAUCCCAGGAUUAUGCUCAUUGGGACUUAGUGGAUUCCCUCCCUUCUUAUGGUAGAGGAAUUGAUGUUCCAGGUGGGAGAUAUCGCAGUUUGAUCUAUGGACAGAAUUUAAGUGAUGUGGUGAUUACAGGUGAUAAUGGAACUAUAGAUGGGCAAGGCUCUAUCUGGUGGGAGCUCUUCAGUUCUCAUUCCUUAAAUUACAGUCGACCAAAUCUUGUAGAAUUUGUUGAUUCUGUUGAUGUCAUAAUUUCCAAUUUGACAUUUUUAAACUCUCCUGCUUGGGACAUCCAUCCGGUAUAUUGCAGUAACAUUAAAAUUCAGAACAUAACUAUUCGUACACCAGCUGAAUCCCCUUAUACAAGCGGUAUAGUUCCAGAUUCUUCACAGCAUGUUUGCAUUGACAACAGCAACAUUAGCACUGGUCAUGAUGCAAUUGUGCUGAAGAGUGGUUGGGAUCAGUACGGUAUUGCCUAUGGAAAACCAACCUCGAGUGUCCAUAUCAGUAAUGUUCACCUACAAUCAUCAUCAGGUGCUGGCUUGGCAUUUGGGAGUGAGAUGUCUGGUGGAAUAUCUGAUAUUAUUGCUGAGAAGUUUCAUGUACUUAACUCACCUAUUGGCAUUGAACUGAAGACAACUAGGGGUAGAGGUGGCUAUAUGAAAGACAUCUUCAUUUCUGAUGCAGAAUUGGACAAUAUUUACUUGGGUAUCAGCAUGACAGGAUCCUCCGGUCUCCAUCCAGAUGACAAGUAUGACACAAGUGCACUUCCAUUUGUUGGUAGCAUUACUUUUAAGAAUGUGAUUGGUGCAAAUAUUAAUGUUGCCGGGAAUUUUUCAGGAAUAGAUGAAUCACCAUUCACAACAAUCUGUCUUUCAAACGUGACUUUUUCUGUCAGUUCUGAGCCACCCCCUUCAUGGUUUUGUUCUAAUGUAUUGGGUUUCUCUGAGGAGGUUUUUCCUGAGCCUUGUCCUGAUCUCCAAAGCUCGUAUUCCAAGCUUUCUUUUUCUUGCUUUUCCUCCUUAUAUAUACACUUCAGUAAUGUCUCAGGCUUUUUAUAUCAUCAUCCCCAAGAAUUAUAGUCACUCGUUUCAUUCACUCUAUACAUGAUAUACAAAAUUCGAUCUCCAUCCAGAGCGUCAUCAAAAUUUUCCAAUAAAAGAAGAUUCUUGAUGCAAAUAUUUUCCUUCUCUCCAUCAUUUCA